AUGGCCUGAAAUAUGUGGAAGAGAUCAAACUGAAGAAGUGUGUUUACAUUGAGGACGCCUGUAUGGAGAGGCUGAGCUCAGUGGAGUCUCUGCAGCAGAGCCUCUACAUGAUGGAGGUGGUGUCAUGUGGAAACGUGACGGAUAAAGGGAUCAUUUCUCUGCACAGACUCAGAAACCUGGAGUAUCUGUUCCUCAGCGAUCUCCCCGGAGUCAAAGACAAGCAGCUGACUGUUGACAGACUGCAGAGAGCACUUCCACGACUGGACAUAGACCUGGACCUGGACUGACAGUUCACUGAAGCUUCCUGCUCCAAACAAAUCCCUGACAUGAACUCAUUUUCUGAGUACAAGACCCGAACUGAUGGGAGGACAUCCUGAAGAAGCAGAUUGUAUUUAUAGCUGAAUUUGAUCACUUUUUGUUUGCUUUAAAUAAAGAGUGGUGCAAACAUC